AUGGAAAGAGCAACAGCAAUGAAAACCUUUGAAUAUAACCUGCCUCCAAAAUCACCAAUCUUAAGAGAUAGAGCUGCAUCUUUCUCAUCAUAUCUCAACCCCCAAAAGCCAAACACUCGCACACUCGAGGAUCCCACAUCUGAGCUCAGCAUAUUCGACGCACACAAAUAUUUCAACGAAGUUACCAACAAUGACAAUAUCCAAAAAGUUACAAUCAGCAGCAACAACAACAACAAUAAUAGCAAUAACAAUAGCAGAGUCUCGCCUGUAGUGGUUAAUGUAAACAACGAAACAGAGAACAUCGUUAUACCAGAUAACACAAGAUACUCCUCUGCUUCUUCCACAGUAGAUAGUUACUCAAACAUCAGAAACUAUAGAGCACGUUCCUUCCAUUCAGCAACACCAACAGCUUCAUCAGAAGCUAGUUGGAAUAGUCAACAAGGUUUGUUAUCUCACCCAGCAGGUGCUAUCUCAAUUAACAUAAAAAACCCUUCAAAUCCAAACCCCAACAACAACAACAACAACACGUUUAGAACAUCACUUUCCAAACCCAUUUGGCUCUUAAGGAGAAAAUGUCCUUGCACAGGUAAAAAAUCAGUUCAAGUCAGAGAAAAAAAGUCAACAGAAUUACCCAAAAGUACUAUCAAAAUCCCUUCACCAGUUUCGCCAUCACCAUCAGCACCACCACCACUACCGAUGAACAAUUACAUGGAUCAAACACCAACUCUUGUAACUAAAUCUCAAAGAUUUCAACCGGUGGUAACAACCGUAAGAGUACCUUACACAGACGGAUUUACAUUCCCAGUGCUAAACCCUAAUACAACCUCAACAACAGCGAAACACAAAAACGGCAUCGUUUUGGACGAUCCACCUCGAGAAUCACUCGAGGUAUUCCAACCACCGGACGAAAUAAAAGUGGAUAUGAAAUCCCUAAAUUUCCCCUUCCCGCCGCCUAUGUCGCGAAUCGUCGUUGACGACGGCGACGCCGCAAGUGACGCGAGCUCCGAUUUGUUCGAGAUCGAGAGUUUCUCAACCGCAACACAAUCUUCGUACGGUGCCGCUGCUUACCGGAGAAACAGUAGAGACUCAUUUGACGAAGGAUCGGUGACGACGGCAAUGACGGAGUGUUACGAGCCGAGCGAGGCGAGUAUUGAGUGGAGCGUGACAACCGCUGAUGGAUACGACGAAACUAGCUACAGCGGUGGAGUUGGCGGUGGAGGUAGUAGUGGAGGCGGCGGCGUGACGGCGGAGCAUUGCAAGAGAAAAGGAGGGAACGGUGGUUUGUUAGUGAGCUGUCGGUGUGAGAAAGCGGUUAGUGUGGGGCCACAGCCGGUGAAAUGUGAGGGACAAAAAGGGGCCACGUCAGCAUGGAAAAACGUAAGUGGGGGUGUAAAUAAUAGGGCAGGGGGUGUAAAUAAUAGGGCAGGGGGUGUAAAUAAACCACCACUUGCUAGGUCUUCUUUAUCUCACAGAAACAACAACAACAACACACCUCGUGUCACCUCUUUUUCUUUUGCGACAUAG